GGAGGUAAAUAAAAGGUUUUGCCAAAGCACAGCAGUGAUGCAAAGUGUGGUAGGAGACCGCUCGCACUAACAGCGCAGAUCUUUUUGACACGGACCCACAUGCCGGUCGGACUAACGUUGAGACCAGCGCACUUGGUUGUGUUAUGCGGCACCUGUUUGCGAAUGUUGCAGAAAACGGGUAAAGGACUGCUUGCCUUGCUGUUGAUAGUGUUGGAGUGGACCCGGCCAGGCCUACUGUCCCCACUGAGGCCAAUCUGUGACCUGAGGGUCCUGAACCAUUUCAUUAAGGAAGCGCGAGACGCAGAAGUCGCUAUGAAGUCAUGUAGAGAAGGAUGUAGCCUGUCAGAGUCCGUCACAGUUCCCCAAACAACAGUUGAAUUUGAUGUAUGGGAGAAGAAAAAUGCAUUGCAGCAAGCCCAAGAGGUGCAGUCCGGCUUAUGGCUCUUACAACAGGCCCUCAGCUUGCUACGGACCUCAGUCACCAAUACAGCACUGCACAGCCAUAUAGAUAACUCCCUCAGAAACUUGCUCAGCAUCAAUGCUGUGCUGCAUAGCCUCAACAUCCAGGAAUAUACCCCACCAGCAAAUGCAGCGGGGCUCGAGGGAACGUGGAGGGUGUCCACGGCAACAGAUUUGCUUCAAGUCCAUGUCAACUUCCUGCGAGGCAAAGUGCGCCUCCUUCUUUUGGAUGCGCAGGCUUGUCAGCAAGAUGUCAGCUGAUCAACUGAUGUCCCGACUUGAGGCAAAGCUAAUUUGUGUUUCUGAAGGCAUGAGGAAGGACUUGACACCGCUGACCUGGACGCUGGUUGCUGGAAGCGGUGUGGAAAGAGAGGAAGAGGAAGCCAUCCUCGCAUAAGGGGAGGAAGCUGAGAGGAAAAGACAGUCCCAGCUAGGCUUUGGAUGGACAGGAGAUGAUUGCACCUUGGAAUGUGAAACAUGGACUUGGUGAAGCACACAUUGACCAAAAUGAUGCCUAUGGGAAGCACUGCUCGAAUAGUUGUUCUACUGGCACUCUCUUGCACUUUGUAUGCGGAUGUACUUUUGUGUGUGUGUGUGUGUGAGCUAAGACUGCAACUUUAAAUCUGUAUGUGGUGUGUGUGUGUGUGUGUGUGUGUGAGCAGUGAGUUUUGACCCUACACUCACCUCUUUAGAGUGAAUUGCGGAGUGAAAGCCCCAGAAACUAUUGAUUGCACCUGGAAAUCUUAGGACUGUGAGGUUGUGACAGAUAAUCCAUUUCCAUUACUGCUGCAACAAGGCAAAGAUGAAUGAGGUCUCACCCCAACAGCCUUUAAUAUUUUAUGCCUCACUGAAACAUUAGUCUCUUUUCUUGGAUUUUUUUUUUCAAUGAAUAUGUUAAUAUAUUUUUAAGAGUCAUGCAAUUACUAUUUAUACAGAUUUUCUACUUUUAAGCUCCAGUCUUUGUAUAUUUUAGUGAUGGAUCUUUAAAAUUCUAGUCAGGCUCACGGUGCCAUGUUCUUUUGUCUAACACUGAACACUUUUGCAAAGUUGUUUAUUGACAUCAUUCGCACGCUGCUGUCUUCCUUUUUAUAAAGACUGUUUUGCACCCGACUAGCUGUUAGUUUCACAUCGCGUGUUCCUUCAGAUAACAAAGCAGAGGACUGAGGAGUUAAUGCAGAGGUUCAGUUUCAGUAAACGAGGGAGCAAGAGGUCUGUGGAGAGGAGGGCGGAGGGUUCCAUGAGAACAGUGAAGCUGUUUUGUCAUUAUCUGUGUUUUCGUUGUGCCUCGCCAACACUCAACCAGUCUCUUCACACUGAUAACCAGACUGCCUGGGAAAAUGCUGCUUGGCUUUUACAGUUCACAUCCUGUAAGCCUGUAAAUGCAAAUAGUUCUCCAGAUUGAUGCUAACACUGCCCCCCUCCCCCGGUUGUUCGUCAUCAAACAGCAGGCUGGCAAUCAGUUUCUCUAAAAUGGAUGCUCAACUAUUCCAGACUAGUUAAGUGUUCUUCCUUGUUUUUUUCCGGAUUUUUAAAUCGUGUUGUGCAAGCGCAAGAUGCUUUUAAGGAUGUUUGUACAUGUUUUCUUUCCUGUUAUGUUUGUGUUGUUUUGUCCCAUCACUGUAUAAUUUGCUAUUUAAAUACAAAAUAUUAUUCUUGGAUAAAGAAAGGUUAGAUGGAAACACAACAAGGGGA